AUGUUUGGUACCAUCAUCACAGUCCUCAAGAAGGGUAUCAGCAAGCCAGAGCAUCUCGCCCGUGUGAGUAUCGAGGAUUCAUUCAACGUAGGGUUGGAGAUGGUUCGUGAACACUGCCGCACGCACCGCGGCGAAGCGCGGAAUGUGGCCAGCAUCUCCACGUGUAUUGGAUUCAUCAACGAAGACAUGAAAGUGAUUGCCUCGAAAUGGUUCGACGUGGCAAUCAGUUUCAAGGCAACCUACGUCGCGCCGCCAGACGUCAUCGAAGACUUCCCGGCGGUCCCCACUAUCGACUCGAAAAAUACCUCGGGCUACGUCACCAUGGGAGAAGUUGGGGCCGCGGCUUACUACCGCCCUCCCAUACGGGCCGGGGAACCACUGUUUUCACCGUCUAGGCGAUCCCGGGGAACGAAGGCACGGGGGUCGAAACGAGCGGGUUUCUGCUACGCUUUCGACUCCCGGACCGGAUGCCACGAAGGGAACUGCCCAUACGCCCACGAGAAGAACCCAGCCCGUACCAACGGAGAACGAUCAGAAGCGACGUCGAUGGGGGCGCGACGAAGGGUUGGGGGACUCACGGGUUCGGGUAACGGCGAGGGUGAAGAUGGAAGUGACAGCGACGGAACUAGGAAAUAGG